AUGGCAGCCAGCUUACAGCACACGCAGCUCGCAGCCCCGGGGAAGCGCACAGACCUGCCCGAGCAGGGGCCAGCCGCCUUCGCUGAGGCCGUUCCUGAGCAGGCAGAGGACACCACCGCCUGGCUCCACACCGAGGACAGUGAGGACACUGUCCCCGAUGGCCCCGACAGCCCCAGCUUGGCCGCCUUCCUCCGAGAGCUGCCCGACCUCUCGGACUAUGUGGCAGAGGGCAGCUGCCCCAAGGAGCAGACAGCGGUGGCGGGGCUGGGGGGCAGCGAGGACACCGGCCCUGAUGUCCUUGAUUUCCCCUACAGCCUGGCCAGCUCCACCUUCCUCAAUGAGCUCCCGGACCUCUCCAUGUACAUGGUGGAUGGCAACGGCCCCUGGGACCAAGUGGUGGUGGCACAGCCAGGGGACAGCAUGGACAACUGCUUGACCACCAAUGUCCCCCGCUUGACUGUCAAGGUCCUUGAUGAGCUUCCCCACCUCUCCGAGGCAGAGGGCGGCUGCAAGGAGCAGGCGGCGACAGUGGAGAUGGUGGCCGGCGAGAACACCUUCCCCGAUGUCCCCCACGGCCUCGCCAGCACCGCCUCCGUCGGCGAAGUCCCCGACUUCUUGGAGGAUGGGGUGCAGGACAACGGCCCCAAGGUCGGCCUGGCAGCGGCCAUGCUGGGGGACGCCGACCCCUUCUGGGGGGUGGCGGCCUCCCCCUCGCAGGACCCCAAGGGGCAGCAGGGUGGGGUGGCAGCAGACCUCCCCACCCGGCUGCCCCCGAGCCCCUCGGAGGCUGCUGAGGAGGAGAGCUCCCUGGAGACUUCCGAGGAGACUUCAGAGGCCCGUCCUGCGGAGAGUCCCUGGAAGGAUCCCCCGCAGGGUCUUCUGGAGAGUGCCCUGCUGAGCCCCCUGCGCAUCCCGCUGCUGAGCCCCCCGGCCAGCCCCCCGGCUGCCCCCCAGUGUCAUCCGCCCCUCAGGGCCCCACUGGUGGGGGAGGCGCUGCGGAGGCAGCCCCGGGGGGGUUGGACCCACUUGCCGCACAGGGACAGCGCAGCGGUGGGCAGCAGCAAGCGCAGAGCAUCCGACGGCAGCAGCGUGCCCACCAAGCGAGCCAGAGCCCUGAGGGACCCCACGGGGCAGAGUGCCCCACACCCCCCCGGCCGCUUCUGACAGCUGGGCACAGAAGCUGUGGGGCACAACCCCUGGGACAUGCGACCCACACCCGCCCGCUCCAGCCCCAGCCCCAGCCCUCUCCCAUCUCUCUCUUUCCUUCUUCAGUCA